CUUCGGAAUUCCGAGGCAGAAAAAGAAACAGAGAACGAAAGGAAGGAAGGAAAAUAGAAAGCAGAGAGGGAGAGGGACAGAGAGCGGAGUCAGCCGACGAAGAGACAGCCGAUGUCCGUCCGGGCAGAUCUUCAAAUCAAAAGCUGAGCGGACGACGGGGCAGGAAGCACGAGAAGAGUAGAGGGCGACGCGCGGACGAACGAGAGGAGCGGGCUCAGCACAGAGAGACAGAGAGACAGAGAGACAGAGAGAGAGAGAGAGAGAGGAGGAGGUGGAGGCGGGGAUGGUGGUGGUUGCUGCUGCUGCUGAUGCACUUGUGGCAUAAACAGGAAUUGCAAGAAGGGGCUUCCUCUGGUUCUAGUUCUUGGAGCGGCGUGGAUCUUGGUAGGAACGUUCGAGCGGACGCUGCAACUGCUGCUUGCUGCUGCCGGCUGCUGGGAGAGAGAGACGGACAGAGAGGGAGAGAGAGAGAGAGAGGAGUGAUUUCACAGGUCGUCGUGAGAGAGUGAGGUCGUGGCACUGUCCUUUUUCGUCACUGCUCAAACUCUUAGAUUCGAUUCGCUGUUUUGCGCUGGGGAUCACCGUCAAUCUUCGUGUUUGAAGGUUAAGAUCACGAGAUGGCGAAACUAGGACCUCCUUACACUUACGAGGUCGCAGAUGGUGUGGAAGCUCAGGAUGGCCGUCCUUCCAUCGGGAAGACUUUUAAGAGCAUUUACGCCAAGGAGGGAGUACCUGCUUUGAAGAAUAUCGAAACUUGCUGGGACAUGUUCAGUGUGUCUGCGAAGAGAAAUCCCGACAGAAACAUGCUGGGAGUGCGAAAAAUAUUGGCGGACGGGAAAGCAGGAGAAUACGUUUGGCAAACGUACAAGCAGGUGCUCGACAAAGUGACAAAACUUGGGUCAGCCAUGCGACAUGUUGGAGUCAACCCGAAAGAUCGUGCCGGAAUUUAUGGAGCCAACACACCUGAAUGGUUCAUGUCCAUGGAGGCAUGUAACUCUCAAAGUGUCCUAUGCGUUCCUCUGUAUGAUACCCUUGGGGCUGAGGCCGUUGAGUACAUCAUCGGUCAUGCGGAGGUGUCCAUUGUUUUCGUACAGGAUCUGAAGAUCCCACUGAUGAUCCAAUCUUUGGGGAAGGCUAAGGAAUUUAUCAAGACCUUCGUUAGUUUCGGUGAAAUUCCUGAAGAUCAGAGAGCGCAGAUUGAGGCUCAUGGGCUUGCUGCUUAUUCCUGGAAUCAGUUUCUGGAUCUGGGAGAGAAAAACGUUUGUGAGUUUUGUCCUCCCAAAGGAGAAGACAUCUGCACAAUCAUGUACACCAGUGGUACAACCGGAGAACCAAAAGGGGUGCUUAUUAAACAUGAGAGUAUCGUAGAUCUCAAUACUGCUACGGAACAUUUCCUUAAUAAACUGGGCGAGAAGCUUGAUGAAAAUGACAUCUUCUUCUCAUUCCUUCCCUUGGCACAUAUCAUGGACCGGUGUCUGGAAGAGUACUUCGUGUAUAUUGGUGCUUCGAUUGGAUUCUGGAGAGGGGAUGUGAAAUUGCUUACCGAGGAUAUUGCCGCCUUGAAGCCUACAUUUUUUGCCGGGGUUCCUCGAGUUUUCGAUCGCAUCUACACAGGAUUGAACGCCAAGAUCGUUGCUGCUGGUGGAAUUAAGAAGCUACUGUUUGACUUUGGCUACAAGAUGAAAUUGAAGAAUAUCAAGAAUGGCAAACCGCAAGAAAAGGCAGCCCCACUCUUUGACCUCCUCGUCUUCAACAAGGUCAAAGUUGGUCUUGGAGGUGGCGUACGGCUUAUAUUGUCUGGAGCUGCGCCUCUGGCGAGCCAUGUUGAGGAGUUUUUGAGGACCACAAUGUGUGCUCCAUGUAUUCAAGGAUAUGGCCUGACAGAAACUUGUGCUGGAAGUUUCAUAUCUCUACCGAAUAUUAUAUCUAUGCAAGGAACUGUAGGACCCCCCAUGCCUAACAUCGAGGCACGCCUUGAAUCAGUUCCAGAAAUGAAUUAUGAAGCUUUGCCAAAGGAUCCGAACACUCCUGCAAGAGGCGAAGUUUGCAUCCGUGGUAAAACUGUUUUCGCCGGAUAUCAUAAACGUCCUGAUCUCACUGAGGAGGCACUCACUUCUGAUGGUUGGUUCCACACUGGUGAUAUUGGUGAAUGGCAGAAAGACGGAGCCUUGAAGAUCAUUGACCGCAAGAAGAAUAUAUUCAAGCUCUCUCAAGGAGAGUAUGUUGCCGUAGAGAAUCUCGAGAAUGUGUACGGCCUUUGCCAUCCAGUCGAAUCGAUUUGGGUGUACGGUAAUAGUUUUGAGUCUUCUCUAGUAGCUGUGGUAGUGCCCAAGCGUGAUGUUCUUGAACAUUGGGCCGCCGCGAAUGGGAUCCAAGGCUCGUUCGAAGAGAUCUGCAAUAACUCCGAAGCGAAGCAGUUUAUCUUGAAAGAACUAGGAACCACUGCAAAAAGUAGCAAGUUGAAAGGCUUCGAAGUCAUCAGGGGUGUACAUCUGGAACCCGAACCAUUCGACGUCGAGAGAGACUUGUUGACUCCCACGUACAAGAAGAAGCGACCUCAACUAUUGAAGCACUACGAGGCUGUCAUCGCCGAGUUGUACAAGGGAUGUAGACAAUAAGCUAUUAGUCCGUUUUUAUUGGUGUAGAUGUGAAGGGAAGAGUUUCAGCUUUUUUUACAGGUUUCCCGCAGUGCAGACUCUUUGAGUGUUGAAGGAGUGCAAUGGCUCUGUAAUUAUUGUGGUCCCUCUGAAGCCUGUUUGUGAUGUUCUAUACAUAAUUCAUUCUCAAAGUCAGCUUUUGGACUCAACCAACAACCAUGUAUUAUUCGACAUUCUCUUUGAUUAUACUGAGAACACGUGUCUCAACUUGAAUACGAUAUUGCUCCAUUGUCGUAGUGGGCGUCUGGAUGCGAUGCAAGUUCUUCUCAAAAUGUCUAAAUAUUUAUGCUGC